AUGGCAAACCUUGCCAUCAACUCCACAUACCGUAUGAACUCGGGUUACGACAUCCCAGUCCUAGGCUAUGGCGUUUAUCAAACCCCAGCAGACGUGGCAUCUGAAGUUGUGCAUCACGCCCUCAAAACCGGCUAUCGUCAUGUGGACUCCGCGGUAGCAUAUCGGAACGAACAGCCCUCUGCAGAUGGAAUGAAGAAGUCCGGCAUCCCAAGAGAAGAGCUCUUCUUCACCACAAAGAUCCCACCCAAGGAUAUGCGCUAUGAGACUGCCAAAGAACACAUUGAAAACACGCUCAAGAUCACGGGCUUUGACUACGUCGACUUGUACCUCCUCCACAGCCCCUACGGCGGUAAAGAAAACCGCAUUGGGGCGUGGAAAGCGCUUGUGGAAGGCGUGCAGGCUGGGAAGAUCCGAUCAAUCGGUGUUUCAAAUUACGGCGUGCAUCACCUCGAUGAGCUGGAAGCAUACAUCAAAGCGACCGAUGAGAAAGAAGGCAAAGGCAAGGGCGGCGUACUCAGCGUCAACCAAGUUGAACUACAUCCGUGGCUUGCGCGCACAGAUAUCGUGGAUUGGUGCAAGAAGAGAGGCGUCCUUCUCGAGGCGUAUUGUCCGAUCGUGAGGGCGCAGAAGAAUGAUGAUCCACUACUACAGCCCUUGGCGAAGAAAUACAAUAAGACGCCUUCACAGAUUUUGAUCAGGUGGAGUUUGCAGAUGGGCUUCAUUCCUCUCCCGAAGUCUGUGACACCGGCGCGCAUCGAGGAAAAUGCGAAUGUGUAUGAUUUCGAGUUAUCCAGCGAGGAUAUGAAGAGCUUAGAUACUGGAGUGUAUGAGCCUUGCGCGUGGGAUCCGACAAAGAGUGACGACUAG